AAAAAGCAGAGUGCCGCCUUGCGGAGCGCGUCGCUGUCCCGUGUUUUGCUGGUGGCGGUGCCGCCGGGGAUUUUAAACUCGCCGUUCGCAUGACGCUGUGACGGCUAUGCACCUCACGCACUGGCUCCUAGUCGGCCCGUGCUCGUUGCUGCUGACGGUGCUGCUGUGUCCGGCAGGGGCCAAGCUGACCGGGGCCAAGGCCAGCCGGACGCCUCCGCAGGACUCCCUCCAGAGGCGUGGUAAAGCGCCUCCACUGCCCGAGUGCGCCACGCAGCAGGUCUGCAGCGCCCUGUACGUGCGGCUGAACCGGAGCCAGCCCCUGUGCGCCUGUCCCUCUGCCUUCUCCAGGCCGUGCUCCGAGUCCAAGGUCCUCGACGAACACACCAUCAAACUCGUCUCCACAGACAAGAGCGGGGCCUUCAACCUCGUCAAGGUGUGCGAGCCCGUGCUGUCCAUCCGGCGCUGCAAGGAGCCACGCGACUGGCAACUGCUGGCCCUGCAGAGCACGCGCACGGGGCGGGCCCACUACCUGCUCAUCUGCCGCUGCCCGACGGGCUCCAGGCUCUUGGGCCCCGUGAGGCACUCGGCGCCGCCCUACGCCAACAUCCCGGGAAUCCGCGUGUACGGCAUGCUCUGCGCCCAGGACAGCCCGCCCAGGGAGAGCAGGGGACACGCCCAGCAGCGAGAGCUCUACCCGGAGGCCCCGUGGACCCGAAUUCUGGAGGUCAUCAAGCAGAGUGGUAUGGACCACCGUCUCUGAUGGCAGAAGUGGCGGUCCGACAGCCAGUCGACAGCCGCCUGCGUGCCCAAUUCUCGUGUUUACAGCCAGGGGACCAGGCUGGCGCCCGGAACUCAGUGAAAGCAGGGUCAGAACCAAGAGGGCCGGGACUCAGCCACUGUGUGACAUUCCCUCUCCGCAGUGAACGGGAACGAGUCGGCAGACGCCGUCCAGCAUCUAUGACGCCGACUACCUCGUUGGGUCGCAAAGGUGCCGAGCGCGUCUUUCGAAAAUAAAUGUGACGUUAACCGCCGAGCUCGGACGGACGCUGAAGAAUUUGCUGAGUAGUAUGAGCAGCAACUGAGAGUCUGUUACUUCUGGAAAAGUUCCGAUUCUACUACUCGUUCUUUGUCGGAUAGCACACGGCGGGCCGUUCGCAUUUAUCGAUCAUAAAGAGAAAUUUAUUCUCCUUUAGGCUCUUGUUUCUCGGACGAUUAAAAGGACCUUUGUAGUGAAGCCGAUUUGUUCUAAACAAGAUACCGACUCGGUUGUUUUGGCAUGUGUGCUAGAGAAUCAAUAAAGCUACAUUAGAGCAAA